GAUAACUUCACAAGAUACUAAACAGAGAAACGACAAACGUAAAAUUACAACAUCAGUUCAAUACCAAAUCAACUCACAUCAAACGAGAACGACUUCCGCAAAUCAAAGUUAACGAAUUAUAUUCAACCGAGUAAAGCUGAUUCAACUCCAACCCAAUCAAUCAGACCAACACAUCAAACAGCCCAAAAUGCCUGCAGAUUGGCGAACUGAUAAAUCUGGAAAUGUAAAGGGUUUCAUUAGGAGAAAAGGCGACCCCAACCCACUGAACUGGGGGUAUAAAGUCGAUGACAAAGUUUUGAGUCAUCCAAAAGCUGCUAUGAUCAAAACUGAUGUGUCUAAACCCAAGAAAGAUGAUAAGUGCAAGAGCUGUGAGAAGAAAAAGAAGAAGGAGGAAAAGAAGAAAGAGAAGAAGAAAAGUGCCGGCGGUUGUAUAGUAUCUUAGGGGAUCGUGCAGAGAAAGGGAGGCUGUGGAUCAUAAUGAUAUUGUUUGUUGGGAUAAGAGACUUGAGUGGGGAUUUUUGGGGGAAUGCAAAGGAAUAGAGGAAUGGGACAAGUUCGUCCUGCCUGUGUACUAUGUAUAGCAAAGGGAUAGGGUAAUGAGACUAGAUCGUUGAGUUUUUGACCGGUAUGUCCGAAUUGUAUGCACUGUUAAGCUAUUUGAGCCCCUGUCUUGUGGCGAGAUUUAUCCUAGCAUCAAUAAACACGCAUAAUAACA